CUAACUCUUCGGUCGUUCGUGCGAUCGUUCCGUUCUUGGUAGCCCACUCUGACACACAGUCGUUCUAGUCUCUUUCGUCCAAGAGCAUCCGCGUGAGUACUGUCUUAGAGCGUCCGUCUCGCCAAGUCAAGUCUUUCAGCAUCCGCGUGAGCACUGUCUAACAGAGUCCGUCUCGCCAAGUCUUCCUCGCUCUUCCUCCUCCUCCUCUUAUUCUUAUCCUUAUCCCAAAAUUCCUAUUUUUUAAUCCCUUUUGUGUUCUCCAGUUUUCCCAAGACUUGAAAUAUUUGUAAAGUUCAGUCAAUCAAAAGAGAAUUAACAUUGACCAACGUUCGGAAAAAGCGACCUGGUUUCAACUACGAAAAUCGUUCUCCGAGGCACCUGGCACCAAGUUACCUGGUUCUUGCCACCCUCUGUCGUUCACCCUCUGCUCGCUGGUCAGAGGGUCAAUCAUCCCUUCUACCUGUCCACGGCUCGCACUUGCCGUUUUAACUGGCGAUCGAUUUCGCGAACCAGAAGCAAGAGACCACCUCCAACACUCCCGAGGAAAUAGGCUCUCCAGAGUGCCAAGAAGAGAAAAAAGGAGGCCAUCAAAAAGGGAAAUCAGUUUCGAACUUUUUUGAGAAGGUUGGAUCCUUCUGGAUCCAAGGUCGUACAGAGUGUCAUCGUGCCGAUGUGGAACACUCGACGAAGGGGCUGCACCCGGUGUACCAAGGAGAAACCUAACGGAGAAGUCUCCGUCAUCGAAAGAAGUCAUUGAACAGGAAGAGACAAAAUUUGGGAAUUUGGAGGGAACUUGGGAAUUCAUCAGAGAUCUGCAUCUUCUAGAUUUGCAACCCCCUGAGUAAAACGGAGGAACUCCGAGCUUCAUUUGAAAGAGUUCGCUGGAAGCUGAAGUUGCAGUUUUUCAAGGGCGACGAAAGUCAUGAACCAGUAUGUUUUGGUUUUUCUGGUGUUGUCGUUUAUGGGGUCAGGACAAACGUUGCUGACCCAUAGACCCGAAGAAGUUGGUAUCGAUUUAGCCAAAAAUUUUCAAUCAUCAAAGUCAUCUUCCAAGGUACCAAUGGAAGCCAGCACAGCAUACGUUUGCUUAGAGAUUUCAGCCAGUUUACCAUCUUGCAAUUUUGACAAGGUUGAUUAUUCUCUAAACGAUGAAGACAUUGCUGGCCUUUCUUUAAGCAAAUCAACCAUCAACAAACGUGAAGCUAAACCUCACCGAACACGAGAAGACAGUUUUGUUAUUAUCUACAAACUUGAAGGAUGCCUCCCAUCAAGACUACCUUUUCGGCUCCCUUUGUGCAAACCUAGUGAGACCUUUAGUAGAACUGCAGAAGUGAGAAGACUCUAUCCAUUUAGGACACAAAGUGCACCAGAAACGGCACCUUACAUUUUUCCGGAAAUUGACCAUAAUCAAUGGUUACGACUGAUGAAGAACAUGGGACAUCAUCCUGAAUCUUCAACGGGCGAGAAACGAAACUUGGGUUUUGAAGCAGAGGAUGCCAAAGAGGAACGAGCGAGGCCGAAUCGAGAGAGCGAAUCCGUCAAUCCUAUAAAGAGGAAGUCGAAAACACUUAAAAAAUACUUAACCAACAAAAUCCACCGUCAGGACAUUUGGUCGCAAUUCCAGGACAAGGAACCUCAUCAAAAUAUGGAAUUUUUUGAGUUUCACCCAGUGAUGCGCGAGGAUGUUCAAAAUACACUCUUCAACGCCGAGAAGAAAAUAGAGGAAGAUGCUGAACAAAUAAGAGACCUAAGCCAAGAACUGGACCAACUGGUAUCCGAAGUGGAAUUCCCUUAUUCAAGAGCAAUUCCGUAUGACCCUGCAAAAUUACAGGUUGCUCGUGAAGGAAGUGAGUUUCCAUAUUCAAAAGCAAUUCCCUUCGAUGCGAGGAAAUUAGAGGUGGCUAGAGAAAGGAGUGGUUUGCCCUUUAUGCCCUUUAGGCCUAAUCCUAACGAAUUAUCAUUUGAAGACAACUUUCCAUAUCAAAGAAGAAGUCAUCACUCUAGAAGACUUCAAAGUUUGGGCAAGGAUCAAGAAAUAUUUUUCGAUUCAAGUAUGUUGAAAGCAGCAAAGCAAGGUAGUAUCUUUCCCUACUCAAAAGAAGUUCCCAGAGAUACAUCAAAGAAGAUUCAGAAGAUUAAGAAUCAUGAGAGAGAGAAAAAGACUAGAGUUCCCCUAAGAGAAAUUGAUAAUCAUCAAACUUCGAACCGGGAUCGUUUCAGAAGAUUUGCAGAAGGUUCGAAAAAGCUUGGAUCUUGGAUUAAUCAUCUGUCCCGAACUUUAAAGACAAUCAAAGAAGGCAGCGAGUUUCCUUACUCGAAAGCAAUACCCUUCGAUCCCAAAAAGCUUCGACCUCCAGGUCAUCGAGGUGAGGCAGAAGUACGUAAAUCGCGUCAUCAAUCCAGAAGCCUGAAGAUCAUCCAAGAAGGUAGUGAGUUUCCAUACACCAAAGCCAUUUCAUUUGAUCCUACGAAACUUGUUGAAUCGAGGAGAAAAAGUGAAUUAGUGUCAAAGGUUGAGACUGAUCUGAUAUCAGAAAACCACAUUUUCAGAAAGCCUUUGGCUAUCAAUGCAGGAAACAAUUUGUCUUUUGCUCUCUUUUUGCCUCACAAUAGAAGAGCUUUGCAUCAUCAUACGAAAGAUCAGAGAGGAAAUUCCUCCUGAAAUUUAGCAAAUUUUGAGGAAUCUAAAGAGUCGGAAGGAAUCAGUUGGCAAUCGUCGAAUCAAUUUGGAUUUUAGAUCUAAGAAUUUUAUAUGAAGUUUAGGUUUUAAACACUCGAUCUCUUAGAUCAAUUGUGGAAUAGUGAUGAAUCGAUUCUGCUCUUGGUGUGCACUGAUCAUCUAGUUAGAUUUUAGUGACCACUUAACUCGAAAACGUUUUCCUAGAGUGUCAUAAUCCAAUUAGACAUGAAUUUACUGAGUGCUAAUGCUAACGGUUGGGAAAUAUUAUAUUUUUUCAACAACCUCCGUCCGACGAAUUGAACAAUUUUCUAAUACUCGUAGUGUUCCCAAAGCAACGGAUGAUUAAGAUUUUAAGAGGAUUUGUAUAGUAAUCGACCAAAAGAAGGGAAACUGGCACUGAUUCACCGCCACUGUGCCUUUUCGACUCUUCUUAGUUAGUGGAUAAUUCCGCUCGUGCACGUCGCUGUAUAUUCGCAAAAAGAGUCAUUUCACAACAGACACUCCUUUUUGUAUUUCGACUCGAUUACCUAAAAGACUACCGCACAUCAAAAGAAUCGAUAAUCCCGAGAAUAAUUAAUGAGAGAAAAACGAAAGAGAUUCUUAUACUGUAAGUGUAAGAUGUAAUUUAUUAAAUGAAUUUCAGGAUUGGCAUGCUCUUCGCAUGUGCUGUGGCCUUUGAUACCGAUGAUCUUCUUAAUUUCAUGUACCUUCUCAUCGUCGUUAAUUUAUUGUUCGUCUCGUUUAUAAAAGGGGCUGUGUAAGUACCUAAUCUUUAACCCUGAAAACAAGGACGAUUUUAUUAAAACGUCUUCGUCGUCUUUGACUCUCGAUGCUAUUAUAUGCCGAUCUCGAUGGGGGUCACGUGGCUUUGCACGGAAAAAAAUAUCGGCCGAAGUAGCAAUUAAAAUUAGAUCUCCAUUAGCCAGAAGUUGGUCUUUUCAUAAAUUAAAUAGAACUGACUUAACGUUCUGAAUGAAAAAGAAUUGAAUGAGAAAAUUCUAGUCCUGUGUGCUUCAUCCAAUUAAUUCUUUCUGUAGUUGCUUCAGCUCAAUUUAUUUGUUUAACCAUUGGCUGAAUGAAACAUCUUUGUUGGUUUGUAAUUUGUUGAACGGUUAAUUGGUUGCAGCACACAGCACAAGAAAAUUCCUUGGUUCUAAGAAAUGACUGCUGAUCCUGACGAAGUCACGGAAUUGUUUGCGUACAAUUUGAGACUAUAUUUUUUUUUAACCAAAAAAGUUUUUUCAUAAACUUAGGGCUAUUUGAAUAUUCAAAAGAUUAAUGAGAAAAUUAACUUUUUCUUUAAGAAUUUGCAUCUUGAGAACAAUUCGACAUAAUUGAAUCGUCUUUUUCUUGGCAUCUUAUAAUUUAAUCUACACUCUCUCAAGUUUCAAUCAUUUUUAUAAUUGAGCCGCUGGGUGCAGUAACUGCGUACUUGCAUUUUCAGAAGUCAUUAGUUUUUCAUUUUUUUCUUUAUAACGUUUCUAAAACAAUUAAUAAACAAGUGAUUCUUACAAAUACAAGUAGGUUGUUAUGACAUCCAACAGCUUGUUUUGCAAUUAGGCUGUGGAAUUCUAUAACAUCCUACCUAUAUUUUUAGUAGUAAUUUGUUUUUCGUUUAUUCUCAAUGAAAUGAUGCGCACAACAAAUUAAAAACAAGUGCCACCUAAAAAUAUAAGUAGGAUAUUAUUGAAUUUUUAGAAGACACUGGUUUUUCAUUUGUUAUGCACAUAAUUUUAUGAAGAACAAAUAAAAAAGAAGUGACUUCUAAAAAUGCAAGAUGGGUGUUAUUGCAUUCAUCUGUUCAUUUCUCUAACUGAGCAGUUGGAUGCAAUAACAUUCUGCCUGCAAUUUCAAAAGAACUUUGCCUCUAAUUUUUUCUUUAUAAAGUUGUUUGUAAAACGAAUGAUAAAACAGUGACACCUAGAAAUACAAGUAGGCUAUUAUUGCAUUUUUAGAAGACACUGGUUUUUAAUUUCUUAUGCAUAUAAGUUCAUGAAGAACAAAUUAAAAACAAGUGACUUCUAAAAAUGCAAGUCGGGUGUUUUUGCAUCCAACUCCUCUUUUUUCUAAUUGAGCGACUGCAUGUAAUAGCAUCCCAAUUUUAUUUUUAGAAAUCACUGUUUUUUCAUUGAUUCUUCAUGAAAUUAUGUGCAAAACAAAUAAAAAAAACUAGUGACUCUUAAAAAUACAAGUAAGCACUUAUUGCAUUUUUAGAAGACACGGAUUUUUUCGUUUGUUUUGUACGUCAUUUAAUGAAGAACAAAUGAAAAACAAGUAACUUCUAAGAAUACAAGUAGGAUAUUAUUGCAUCCAUCCGCUCAAUUGUCCAACCAAGCGGCUGUUUUGCAUUGAUUCUUUAUGAAUACAUGUGUAAUACAAAUGAAAAACAAGUGACGUCUGAAAAUAGAAGCAAGCUGUUAUUGCAUUCAACCGCUCUCUUGUAUAAUUAAACUGUUGGAUGCAAGAACAUCCUACUUGCUUUUUCAGAUGUCACUUGUUUUUAAUUUGUUCUUCAUGAAGAUAUGUGCAGAACAAAUCAAAACCCAGUGACUUCUAAAAAUACAAGUAGUUUUUUAUUGAAUUCAACCGCUGAAUUAGACAACAAAGUGUUUAAAUGUAAUAACAGCUUGCUUGUAUUUUUAGAAGUCACUUAUUUUGCAUAGAUUUUCAUGAAGGACAAGUGACAUCUAAAAACGCAAGUAGGAUAUUAUUGCAUCCAUCUGAUCAUUUGUCUGAGCUGCUGGAUGGUAUAAUAUCCUACUGGCAUUUUUAGCUGUGACUUGUUUUUCAAUAGUUCUUCAUGAAGAUAUGUGCAAAGUGAAGGAAAAAAAAGUGAAUUCUGAAAAUACAAGGAAGCUGUUACUACAUCCAACCGCUUUUUUAUAAUUGAGCUAUUGGAUACAGUAGCACCCUACCUUUAUCUUGAGAAAUCACUAUUUUUUAAAUUAUUAUUCAUGAAAUUAUGGGAAAUCCAAAUGAAGAACGAGAGACACCUAAAAAUACCUCAGAAAGUUGUAUCUUGGUAACAAUGCGACAUAAUUGAAUCUUCUUUAUGGCACCUUAUAUUGCAAUCUACACUCUUUCAAGUUCCACUCAUUUGUCUAAAUGAACCGUUGGGUAAAAUAACUGUUUACUUGCUUUUCCAGAAGUGAUUUGUUUUUAAUUUGUUAUUUAUAAAAUUGUUUGUCAAAAAAAUGAUAAACAAUCGAAUUCUGAAAAUAAAAGUAGGCUGUUAUUACAUCCAACCGCUCUUUUGUCUAAUCGGGUGAUUGGAUUCAAUAUUAUCCUAGCUAUAUUUGUAGAAAUCACUUAUUUUUCAUUUAUUCUUUAUGAAAUUAUAUGGAAAAGGAAUGACACCUGCAAAUGAAAAAAAAAUUAUGCAAAAGAAAUGAAAAAACAAGUUAUUUCUGAAAAUAUAAGUAGGCUAUUAUUACAUACAACCGUUCUAUUGUCUAAUUGAGCAGUUAAAUGCAAUAACAUACCAUUUGUAUUUUUAGAAGUCACUUGUUUUUCUUUUAUUCUUUAUUAAAUUAUGUACAAAAAAAUGUUUAAAGUGACAUCUAAAAAUGCAAGUAGCAUGCUAUUGCAUCCAUCUGCUCAUUUACAUAACUGAGUGGCUGGAUGAAAUAAUAUUCAAAUUUCAUUUUUUAGAUGUCAUUUGUUCUUCAUAAAUAUAUGAACAGGACAAAUGAAAAACAAGUAACGUCUGAAGAUACAAGCAGGUUGCUAUUGGAUUUUUAGGAUUUACGGCAUCCAACCGCUCAAUUAUUGGGGAAUAAUCUCCUUAUUUCACCUAAAUAGACAAGUAGCUCUAGGUUCUGGAAAACACUUUGUUGGUUAAAAAGAAAAAAUAUGUGUCUCAUAUUUAUUUUUGACAUCAGCAGGGUCAGACUGCCUGAUAUAAUAAGAAAUCGGUCAUCUGUUAAAAGGUAGAUCUUUAGACUUAGCUUUAGUGGAUUAACUUUAUUCGCAGUAGUAAUUAUCACUUGUCGAAGAGUAAAAACUAUUGGAGCAACACUGUACUUUAUAGCCGGAAUUCGUAUUAUAUUUUGCUAUAUGGUAGUGAUAGGUAUAUCAAAAAUGCUAAUAUUUUUUUCUGUGUGCGAUCCGCAUGGUCGUCGAUAAACGACCGUAACAUGUGAUACAUUUAUUGAUAAGGUACUACGCAUUAUAUAGUCAAUUGUUUGUGAUCGACUUGUAGUCUUAAAAUUCAAUUUUGUCAGCAGGUGACUCGGAAUUUGCCAGCAAAAGCUAUAGUGAAUUUUAGAAGUAGAUUACAUACGCAACAUGUAACCACCGAUACCGACUAUUUUAGUUUUGCAGGUAUUAGGUAAGCUAUUGUUCGUCGGAUUAGUUUUAUUAUAAUUUUAAUUAGUAUAAUUAAAAUUAAUAUUUUAAAAUGUUUCCUCUCUCCAUACUCUGUCCUCUUUCUGUCGUGAAUAGAAAUGUAUUUAAGCAUAUUGUAUUUCUUUCUUUACUGUAUCGUUUAACUAGGUCCUAUAUAGGAAUACAUUUCAAUAUCAUGCAAACAGUAAAUCAUUUAAAACAAUACAUUCACUAAUUUUUUAAUUUAUUCUCGAGUAUAGAUAUCAUUUCAGCUAGAACUCAAUGAUUAUGUUCGAAUUAAUGUUAUUGUUAUGAAACUUAUAAUGUGUGAGGGUACUAGAUAAUUUUUUUAAUGAAAUAGAUUGGCGUGUAAUAUUAGAGUACGUCAAUAAAUUAUAUGUGUAA